AUGCAAGCUCAAACACUCGAUCCUGUCCACCCUGCUCCACCUGCUUCUGCCACAAACAUCGCCGAACAGCUCGAUGACCAAGAGCGCCGCAAAUAUGUCAAGGGCAAGAAACUCGGUUCUGGUCAAUACGCCGACGUCUUCUCCGCUCACCUCGUUUCCGAUCCCACCCAACUUGUCGCUAUCAAGAAGAUCAAGGUCGGACCCGAAGUCCAAGAAAUGGGCAUUUCACACGAUUCUCUGCGCGAAAUCAAAUUCCUCCAGGAGCUGUCACACCCCAACAUCAUCCGCCUGUUCUCCGUCUUCUCUACCAAGAACCAAAACCUCAACCUUGUCCUCGAACAACUGCCCCAGGGUGAUCUUAUGAAGCUGAUUCAGGAUACCACCAUCGACUACAGUCCCAGUGAUAUCAAGGCCUGGAUGAGCAUGUUGUCCCGUGCCGUGUGGUUCUGUCACCAAAACUUCGUUCUGCACCGUGAUAUCAAGCCCAACAACUUGUUGAUAGCCGCCAAUGGUGAGAUCAAACUUGCCGAUUUUGGUCUCGCUCGCAGCUUUGCCGACCCUCACGCUCCCAUGACUUACAACGUCAUCACCAAGUGGUACCGUCCCCCAGAGCUCUAUUACCAGGCUAACUUCUACUCGGGCGCCGUUGACAUCUGGUCUGUCGGCUGUGUCUUUGCUGAACUCGUACUUCGCUGGCCUUUGUUCCACUGUAUGCCUGAUGGCGAUCUUGCCAUGCUAGGCAUGAUCAGCGACAAAGUCGGAACUCCUACAGAAGACAACUGGCCCGGUGUCAGCAAACUGCGAGGCUAUGUGCCCGUCGCAAAAGAAGAUGUUACACCAGUCAAGAGACGUGCAGAUUGGGAGGCCAAUUUUGGCACUGUAGGCACUACAGGCGCGGAUCUGCUAAUGCAAAUGUUUGCCCUCGACCCACGUAAACGUCCAACCGCUGCACAGGUCCUCGAACACCACUACUGGACUUCCGACCCUCGUCCUUCGCGUCUCGAUCAGUUGCCCCGUCAAGGCGGAGGUUUGGAUGCCAUGGGCGAGGAUCUGAAGAGACGCGGUGGCGAGCUGCCCGACACCAGGGGUGAUAAGGUCGCCCGGAAGAUUGACUUCUUUUCGAUGAAGGGCUGA